AAAGCGGCGGGGCUGCACGUGCUGCGAACAGAUGGGGACAGCGGUUGUUGGGUCAGCUCCCCCCAAAUGACCUCUAGGUGGCAGCAGAGACCCAACUCAGCAAUGCCAUCUAGGCUUUGUCCUGGUUUUUUUGAGUUCGGAUCCAGUAACCUGGUUUCCUGGGUGGGAGAAAACGGGGAUGAAGUUCCAUUUGGAUGCCCAGGAUGUGAAAACUCAAGAUACCUCCGACAGUGAUUCAGACAGUGGACAAGGUAGCUGUGAAAUGAGUUUCCGGUCCCAGAUAAGCAAGGGAGUUGCAUCUGUUGAUGAAGGUGAUUCAGAUGAAGAGAUUUGCACACGUAAGAGAAUCAAAUGCAGGAGGGUGCUUGCUGACAGCAAUAGUGAAGGAGAAGACGGCACCCCUGAGAAACUGAAGGUUGCAGGUAGCAAUGUGGAAAGCACCAAGGAAAAGUAUAAUUGGCUGGCUGUACAGGGAAAGAAAGACGACAUCCCCUCCUACAAGGCUGGGCAAAACAGCGAUGACAGCGACACUGAGAACCUGUUGCCACAACUUCAGCUGGGGAACCCUGAGAGGGAAGACAAGAGCUUGAACAGGAAAGAAAUGAAAGAAAAGAGCUCAAGGAAAAGGAAGAGAAAGGAAGAGAAGAAGAGGAAGACCACAAGGCAAGCAAGAAAGAAGGAAAAGGCACAGGAACAAAAGAAUGGCGAAGACUGUCCUUUUAAUGACAGUGGGUGUUUGCUGACAGAUAAAGAGCUCUUUGACAAUGGCCUUGAAGAGGAGGAGGAGGAAGAGGAUGGCUCUCCUUUUCAAGUUGAAAAUUUGGAAAUGUCAAUAAAUACUCCAGAGAAAAUGAAAACAAAAAAACGGAAGCUAUUUUUAGAGAGUGAGGAUUACAACAAACAUGUGACGGAUGAAAAUGAGGGGCCGCUUUUAAAAGAACCUAGGAAAAGGAAGCUGAAACCAGCCAAGUUAACGAAAGAAGAAAAGAGGCAGCUGCAUAGUGAGAGCCAGCGUCUUGUUAGAGAAGCCGCAAUGACACUACCUUAUCACCUGCCAGAGGCCAAAAGCGUGCAGGAAUUCUUCAAGCAUAAACCUCGUCCUUAUUUCCAAGGAAGUGCAAUGACUUUGCUGAAAUCAAUGAAAACUCAACCCGACUCAUUCAAAGAAGAUAAUGUGACAGGGAAGUCCAGUAUCAACGAUGGGAAAGAACAGCCUCUUCAGCCAGGAAUAUUGGACCAGCCAAUUUCAGGUGUUGCAAAUCCUUUGGCUGCUAGUCCAAGCAGCUCUUCUGCAGAGGAAAUGGAACAUUUGAUAGGAGAUUGUUGUGAAGAAGAUAAGCAGAAUGAUGAUUCCAAAACAGAAUUUAGGGAGGAUCUAAAUUCCAGGAAAGAAGGAGAGCUUAAUGAAGUUCCUGCUGACUCCAUCAAACCACCAGAGGAGAAAUUGGAAGGAAAUAUAGUUGAAGAAAGAGAGACACAGUCAUUGGAAUUGUCUGUGGUACCCCAAGAACCCACUAAAGACAUGGAGCCCCUGGUGGAAAUCCCUGGUGACAAGAUAAAAAAGUCCAGAUUGGAUCGGCUACGGAUGCUAGGGGUGGAUUUGAGUAUUAAGCCUAAGCUAUGUUCUGGCGUGGAGUUGUUUAUUGACCUUGAUGAAGCUGAACCCAACAGAGAACUGGAAGCUUUGAAAGAACGCUUUGUAAAGCAUGCAUUUCACACAGCCAAACCAAAGACAGAACAACGAAUGGUGAACGUGAAUAUUAUUCGUAAAGAAAUGAUGAAUGAUGGCAAGGAGGAGCUGAAAGCCGAUGUGGUACCAGUAAUGCUGGCUACAGAGAUAGUAGAGGAUGCUUCCCGGACUAAACCAGGUGAAAAGUUGCAGAUGUUGAAGGCGAAGCUGCAGGCGGCCAUGAAGCUUCGCAGGACAGAAGAACGCCAGAAGCGGCAUGCGUUGUUCAAACUGGAUAAUGAGGAGGUGAUGGAGGAAGAAGAAGAGGAGGAGGAGGAGAUGUCAGAUGAAUUGGAGGAGGAGGAGGAGGAGGAGGAAGCAGCCGCCGCCAAUCAGAAGGACCCAGAUGGUCUUGGAGAGAUGGAGGAAGAGCUCGAGGAAAAGCAUCUUGAGGAUGAUAAAGAAACAGACAAAGAAUCAGCUGAUGAAGACGAAACCGCCAACGUUGGGUUGCCCUGCAGUGUGGUUUCAAAGCCUUCCUCCACAGAGUCAACAAUGCUCCUUUUUAAAGAUAAUUCUUCAAAAAUAGGAUGUUUUUUGGCAGGUGAAAAAGUUGAGCUGGAAGAAGCCCUGAGCAAGAGAGCAGAGAAGCCAGAUGAUGAAGAUUCAUUUUUGCUGCCAACUUUGGCAAAGGAGAACAGCCACAACAGCAGCUUUGAGCUCAUCGGCUCCAUGAUUCCCUCUUAUCAGCCAUGCAAUAAGCAGAUGGGACGUGGAGGCCACUUUUUCUCUGUGGUUGGAACAGCCCGCUCUCCUUCUCCGGGCUUCUUCAAAACAAGUUUCAUCAGCUCAGCUUCUAAGAGUUCAGGAAAAGCCUCGGAGCCAUCGCUACCCAUAGAAGAUUCCCAGGAUCUCUACAACGUUACACCUGAGGAGAAAAGCCCAGUUCCAACCGGGGGAAGGUUUCAAUUUCAGUUCUCCCUAGAGGAUGACACGCAGAGUCAGUUGCUUGAUGCAGAUGGGUUUUUGAACGUUGGCCCUCACCGGAACAAAUAUCAGUCCUGCAAGAGCCGUCUGCCUCUGGCCAGCAUGGACGAGAAUGCGAUGGAUGCCAACAUGGGUGAAUUGUUUGAUCUGUAUUCUGGGCAGAACCAACAAUCUCCUAACCCAGGCAGUGGCAAGAAGUCAGACAUGGAGGAAUUGCUCCAUCUUUGCUCUGGAAAAUUUCCAUCUCAGGAUUCUCCUCUUCAGGCAUCGUCAGCCACUUCUAAACUGAAAAAGAAGAGGAGGACCAAAGGGGCAGAACCCCUCUCUCUCUUUUCUAACUCCUUUCCACCUGAGAGCAGGGAGGCGGAAGAGAAAGAGAAAGAAGAGGAAUUUGGGGAGUUCCAGCUUUUAACAGACGAUCAUCCUUCUGACAGUGAGGAAGAAGAUGAAAAGUGCAAAGAGGAGGAGGAAGAGGAGGAUGAGGAGGAGAGUGAUCAGGAGGAAGAAGGAGGUGAUGAGUUAGAAUUUGAUGAUGAAGAAGAAGAGCUGAAGCGAAGGGAAGGAAGGAAGAAUAAAUUCAAUUUAAAAGAUUUCAUGGAAGAUGAGGCUGAGCUGUCGGGCAGUGAAGGGGGAAGUGAAGAUGAAUAUGAUGGUGAGGAACUCAAUGAGUAUGAAGAAGACGUUCUUGAUGAGGUUCUUCCAGCAGAUGGAGAACUUCAUGAUCAAGUCAAUAAAAUCCACAUGAAAAUGAUACUCGAUGAUGAUAAACGGCAGUUGCGCUUGUAUCAGGAGAGGUACCUUCUCGAUGGAGACCUUCACAGUGAUGGUCCUGGGAGGAUGAGGAGGUUCCGAUGGAAGAACAUAGAUGACCUUCCUGAGGGCGACGAUAUUCAGAAGGAUGCUGACAGUGGGGAUGAGAAUGAAAAUCACUUUGAAGAGACAGAGGCCAAGUGGAGGAAGGAGCGCUUUGAACGAGAACAGUGGUUUCGAGAACAGUCUACAAAAGAAGAGGAAGAGGAGGAGGAUGCGGACGAGGAUAGCCAGUUCAUGAGAUUGGCCAAAAAGUACACCAACAAGUCAUUACAAAAGAAAGCACCCUCUCCAGUAGCUGUUCAGGAAAUUAAAUCACUACCCAGAAAUCCAUUUGAAAGUUUCCAGCCCGGCAGCAAACCACAGCUGAAGAAUGGAUCUCUGCUAAAUCAACCAAGAGCCAUCCUGCAGAAAUUGGCAGCCAUGUCUGAUCUCAACCCGAAUGCCCCCAGGAACUCAAGGAAUUUUGUCUUCCAGACUCUGUCCCCAGUUAAGAGCGAGGGCAUGAAAGAGAAAGCCAAACCCCAGGUCAAGAGAAGAACUCUACCUCCUGUCGCUGUGCCUUCUCCUAAACGGCUGCGACUUGACAGCACGUCAGUUCAAGAAACCCGAAGUAUAUUCCAGUAUUUGGAGAGGUAAAAAAAAGUGCUGGUUGCAUGGUUUCGUUCAGCCACAUUUUGGAUUUUGCAGAGCUGUAAAGACAAUGCACAAAUCUCUGCUAGAUGGGCAGUACCUACGUUGUAGAACACACGGCAUUAAUAUUCCUCUCCAGUCCUCAGGUAUUAGUUGGGAAACAAGGAAAAAAUACUUUUUUGCUCUCUGUCAUUACAGUACUGACUCAAGCACUAAGUAAGCCUGCAUUUCUCUAAUUCAUUCUUUUUUCUUUGGGACUUUACUCGACCUAAGUCAAUUCUAAAACAGUGCUUUGUUUUGGGGCCAAGUUUGAAGCAUUGGGAUCCCAGUGGCUGGGUUUUAAAAUCACUAUGGAGGCUGUAUGUAUAUAUGUAUAUAUAACUUUUUUCCCCUCAAUAUUUUGGAAAAUUCUGAUGUACUUUUAAUCAAGGUUUUAAUUUUUCUAAAUUCACACUAUAGACUAUAUCUGCAAUGUAUAUAUAUAUAUGUAUUUUUGUUGUUGUUCCCUGUGUUUUUAUCUCCUGCUGGCGUUUUAAUUUUUUAUAAAUAAACAAGGAUCUUGAAUUUGUGUCAAGAACAAAACGGGGAGGGCAGCCUCUACUUUUGUUUAAAUUAUACCUGUUUUUAUGCACAUUUUAAAGCAUACAAAAUGGGGGAGAAAAGGAAGUCUGGAUGAAAUACGUCUUGUUUACACCUACAGUAGAACCUCUAGUCA